AUGGAAGAACUGCUGGCGACCAUCAUACUUCAUGGCUCUGCUGGGGAGUUUGGACGGAUAUCUGCUUUGUUGGAAGAGACUGCUCAAGAUGGUAGCUUCAGUGCAGAUGUUCGCAGCCUCCUGCGUGCAGCCCUGGACCUCCGCUUUGACGAGAUUAAGCUGGGCAUGAGCGCUCUCCGCCAACACACCUCUGAAAAGCUGGCUACCAUUGCCCUGUUUAUUGAGUUUGUUUAUUUGAGCUCUUGUCCUCUAAAGGAUAACGACAGAAUAGAAGUCUUACAAAAAUCCUUAGAGCUGGACUUCAUCUCCAUCACACUCCCUCUUCUGCUUACUAUGCUUGCUGCGUCUAUUAUGUUCAACCCCUCUGCAUUAUUGCCAUUUUCUAAUAUGAUAGAAAACAAAACUGACGGGAUCCUUGCCUGCUGUGCACUAGCAAUCCUUUUAUCGGAGGAUGUACCUGACAAGUUUCACGAUAAACUGAAUGAUUAUAUGAGUCCUUGCCUUAAAUCGUUGUCUUCUCCUGUCAUCGCUCUAGCAAACACUAUGUUUUAUCUUAAGUCGGAUAUUUCUGCUCUUAGAGAAUACCUGCCGAUGGUCACAGCUCGCUAUACACGCAUCGGGAUAGUGCUCAAGGACCUUCAGUCCCUUGUCCUCUUCGACCCAUCUGCUUAUGACUCUGCUGUUGAAGUCUAUCGAUCCACUUUACCUCCAGGCAUGCAGCUCAUAGAUCAUAUCAAGCAGUCGCACUUCCCAUAUUCUAAAGCCAAUCAGCUUGGAGCACUGCUAUCUAUCGCCUGCUUUAACACAGAGUCGGAUCUGAAUUCAGUGCUAUUUACAGCAGGAAGGCAUGUUUUGCUAAAAGACAUAGGGAACGUGCAUUCUCCACAGCAGCUCAGUGCUGUAUGCAGCUUCCUUGUUGGGAUGUUGCGUUCAUGUCCACUUGUCUCUGUCUGUGACACGCUGAGAGAUCUUCUUGCAGAAGUACUGAGUGAUCCGAAGUUGCAGCGCACCUAUAAGACCCCGCUUCAGAUUCUGAAGGCAUACUUAUCAUCAGCGAAGGCUCUGCUGCAUCACGUUAAUGGAAGUGAUGCCGAUGCAAAGACUGUCUCAGAAGAGGCAUUGGCAGAGAUAAAGCAGGUUACAGAGCGAUUGGACUGUUCCCUUGCAGAGAUCUCUAUAUUGGGCGUGGACAAGAACAGUCUUUUGCUAACCAUAGAAGACCUAAAUAUCCUCGUGUUAUCUCUUUCGGGGAACCAUGACAAAGCCGUCAGCAAAGCGCACAUGUUGGCCGAUCUCGACAUCGACACUAGCCUUGCAGAGCUAGAUGCUCCUGCAUCUCCCAGCAAGCUUCUGGCAAACGAGAGCUCUUCAAGAAGUCAAUCUUCACAAGAGAUUGGGCGAAAUUAUGUUAGUAGCCAUGCUGCGAUGAAUGUGAUUCUAUCUUCUAUGUCCUCCGCACACCCAGCUCGCAAGUCUCUCUUUUCAAUUAUGCACGGCAUCCUUCCAUCUCUUAUUGCCAAGGCGAAGAACCCCCUCGCGAAUAUGAUUGGUGUCGGACCACUGCAUGCCAAUGUGUGCUACUCUACUCUCUUUCCUGAUACACUUGCCCUUACAGUACUAAGCAAAUACAUUAUUCAUACAUUGAAAACAGGCCAGGACGGGCCACUACUAGAUAAUGAAGCCAAGAUCCUAACAACAAGCUACAACAUCAUCCUUUCUCUCUUGAUAAGCUCUCCAACUCUGCGGCUGGCCAAUCUCCACUUGCUGAGCUUCUUGCAGGAGCAUCACUCUGUCAUAAAGCAUCUGUAUGCCCUCUCUUCUUUGGCAUCAGAGCACGGUUUUGUGGGCCUGACAACGGACGAGCUGUUCCUUGCAGCGACAUCGAGUAAUGUUAUAGGUAACACGAAAGAGGUCCAGCUCUUUCUUUCACAGGCUGUCUUACUAGAUCCAUCUAUCGAGCAGACUCCCAAGUUUGCCAGCGUUGUUUCGAAAAUCUAUUCUGCUCGUGGAGACUGGAGCCAAGCCAUCAAGUCCCUCUCUACAAUAUUAACCAGCAAGAUCAUCACCUUAAAGGAUGACUCUCUUGCCAAUACAGAACUAUUACCAUUACGAGUUCACAUUGCGCUUUUAAAACUCCGUCUUUUUGAUGAGAGUGGGUAUCAUGACUUGAAGGCGUACCUGUCUGCAGUCGAUUCCGAGCUUACAUCCCAGGGCAGGCGUCUCAACCCACUAUCUAUUGAGCCGUACAACUCUAACUUGUUCUAUGUCCACAUGCAGUUGUCAUAUCUACUUUCUAAAAUGACUGUCUUCUGUCUUAUUAACGCUGGCGUGGCGCAAGUCUUUAACCUUACAGAUGCAUCUGAAAACCUGUUCACCGCACUGCAGACUGAAUAUGCUCUUUCUUUUCUUGACUCUGCGUCGGUGGUUGGAGAUCUUCUUGAUGCACUUACGGGAACUGAUAAGAACGCCCUACAACAAGCAUCUACUUCCACCAAUAGUUUCCCUUACCUUGGAGCAGCAUAUGGACCAGAUCCUUUCCCUUUUACCGACAUAUUUGUUAAUCCAAGUGCCACAAACAUGGCAUAUUCGAUGUCCAAAUCCCUAGUGACGUCGGAAACCAUGUCCUUGCACACAGCCUUAGCAUUUGUUAAGCCGUACCUAAAGACCAACAGAGAAAUAGAAGACUUUGUGUGUCUCAUCUCUCUUCAUUUAAAAAACGAUAAGGCGGCAUACAUACAGCACUUUCUUUUAGAUAAGGAUAAAUCACCGGGAUCAGAGUCAGAGUUAUCAUAUGACAAUGCCUCUCCGUCGAAGCUCUUCUCACUGGCGUCUGCAUACCAAUUUGUUGGGAAGACCAAGGAGUCAUCCAGGUGCUUAGAGAUUCUAUUUACCAAUCACAAGAAAUAUGCUAAGUCACUUUCUUUACGACCAGACUCUGCAUUACUUUUCCAAGCUGUUAUAUCAACUCUCUAUGUCCGAUCGCUUUGCAAAACACAUUACUUUCUCAAGGCCGAGGCCAUGCUAGUAGAACUCGUCACUACACUCCUGGAAACGUGGAAUAGAGAUCUAACGGGGUACUCUCUAUCGUACACUUUAGUUUUCUCAGAGCUGAUCAGGCUUCUUUAUCGCAUGGGCAAAGAGGCAGAUAUCGCGCACCUGACAGAUGCCACUGUUUUGAAGCUCACCUCUCAGUACCAGCUACCACAGACCGCAGACGUCUCUACAAAUCACCUCCCUACUGAUGUUGUUUUCCUGGCUGUCUAUUCACUUCGUUGCCGUAUCGCUUUAAAGGAUCCUGCAACUACUGUCGACGACAAAAUCACGAAGCUUCAACUAGCAAUUAACUGGUUCACCUCCUGUGUCGUGGUGAAGACAGGUAAGACACUUACAACCUUAGUGAGGCCGAAGGUUCUGAUCCGUGACGGAGUGUUCUCGUCUAAAGAGUCAGCGAUACACAAUCCAGCUAUGUAUCAGAACACGCAAGUGUCGAGCCCGCUGCUCGCAUGCAAAGCACGAGUCCUCGCAGCCGAGAUGUACCUAGAGCUCGCUUAUGUAUACUUGGAGUCCACCGGGAUUCUUACCAACCAGGUUAUUCAGCCAGACAUUUCCCUUGAUCCCGUGAAGAAGGGAAUGGCUAAGAGUGCACUAGACUUUAUAAAGCGUUCUAUCGAUCUUUGCGAAAGCUCAAAGGCCUACCUGCUAGGUGCCGUAUUAUUCUCUGUAGUGGCAAAUGACUAUGUAACAGCAAACGAAUAUGUGAACCACGCUCUAGAGCUUCCCGUAGUCGAUACUCUUGCAGAGGACUUUCAUUCUCAACUCAAGCUAAAACUGAAAACAGAGGGCAAUAAUGAAACUGACAUGGAUGAUUUUAAUGCAGAUUUUCAAGGCUAUACUGAGUCUGGUGCUGAUGUUCAGGACGCUUUCAAAAGUCCGUUCGAGCAACUAGUACACAAGCUGAAAAGAGAUAUGACCUGCGAUCGUGCAUCCACCUUGGAUACGUUCCUGAUGCAGUCGUGCACCAGACAAGAUCCGUGGAACCUUCAUAAUCUUCUUUUUGGGAAGGACAAUGACGUAGAAAUGGCAGGGAUGGUUCAAUCAGAUACGGAGACAUCAGACGAACGCGGAGAUGGCAGUGGAUGUUACAAGGAUGAGGACAACAAUGAUAGCAACGAUUACGAAUACGAAGAGGGCAUGCCACUAGACUCCAAGGGAGUAAGAGUCUCUUAUAAUGCCGCAUCUGCAGCAGAGGCAACCCUACUCGGCAGCAUGGCAAACAGUCAGUCAUCACAGAAUGCCCAGAGCGGCUCCAGUUUACUUGAUGGAUAUUGGUUCCUAGGACUUGGCUUUAUAUGCAUUAAAACGGGUCGCGUCAAGGACGGCGUCCCCUACUUAAUAGCUUCUACAAAGCUGCACACCUUACAGGAAUCAUACAAGGCAAGAGCAUACUUUGUAUUGGGCACGACAUACCUCAACUCCACCCGCACACCAUUGUUCGGAUAUCAGAGCGCCCUCACCACCAAGUCCACCUCUGCUGUGGCCAUGCAGAAGAUGGCCAUGAAGCUAUCCAAGUCCGGAGGAAACCCUGAUGAAGAGAAUGUAGACGAGACUGGGGACGGAGUUGUUCCGACGCUGGCGGCCAUCGAGGCCCAGGAAGAGGAUGUCAAUAAUGCAGUCAAAAGCCUAAAGGAGCUGGAGAAACUGUCCUUCCGCAAUGUGGCAGAAGCAGCGUCUCUCCACCUCGCGCUGCUAUGUUAUAUAAAAGUAACGGAAUAUAAACUCAUAAAGGACAAGAUCAAUAGAGUUAUGUUGGAUGAAGGAAAGGGCGCUAAGGUCAAAGUGGUGCCUUUGGAAUCUAAGAAGGACAAAAUCAAGGAUGAUCUAGAAGCGGCAAAAGAUGACUUAUUGUCAGCAAUAGAAGAAAUGUCCGAUAUGACCCCCAAUAUCAUCGUCUUACUGACCUGCCUUGGAAUCGUUUUUACCCACUUGAAGAAUCAUCCCAGAGCCCGCAACCAGUUCAAGCGGGCUGCAGGCAUCAUCCCCAGCGUCAACGAGAUUAUAGCCACUAAUCAGGUGACAAGAUGGUUGGACUUAGACGCUGCUGUCUCGGCUAAUUUAGCUCUAGCAGACCUAUACAUCACAACAGGGAAGUUAUCAAAUGCUAUUAAGAGUCUCGAGGCCAUCUCUCAGCAGGACCACUUGAAUGCUAUCUCCUACGAGCUUUACGGCCUCGUGAUGGAGAAGGAAGCCAGCUACAAUGAUGCAUGUAAGUACUACGAAUCAGCUUGGCUUCUAAGCAGAGGCGCAUCGACAGUGGCGUUCCGUUUGGCGUACAACUAUAUCAAGAGCAACAGAUAUGAAGAUGCUGUUGUCAUGUGCCAGCUAGCACUGCGAGAAUGGUCUGACUAUGCUAGGCUAAGGAAGGAGGUCCUAUACCUGGCAGAGCGUCGCCUCCGCACAAGCUCUAUAUAA